AUCUUUUUAACGUUUUCAUUACCUAGUUUUCACGAAAAGAGUCGAUACAUUGUCCAUAUAUUCGAAUAGGUGCAAUGGUACAGAGAUUAGAGCAGCAAUGCCGAAACUGUGAGAGCAACGUUGGCUUUACGCAAUCCGAUGAUGAUGGCUACUUCUAUUGUGACAACUGCAGCGAACGGGAUAUGGAUAUUAUCGCUACCGGUCUUGACGAAGAGCAGCUUAACAUCCGUUACUCUAAAGGUUGCAACACAUCCCGCCGCGCGAAUCCCGUUGAACCAACUGUACCCACAAUUGAUUUUGAGAACAAUAAUUCAAUUAGCUAUGAGGAGUAUUAUUCCGAGAUUAGAUCGAGAUACUUGAACGGCCUUCAGUUUAUGAUCCAAUUGCAGUGCCGGGCUUUAGUCGACAAGUUUAAUGUUAGCCCUUUGAUUAUCGGGCUUGUCGGACCUCUUUGGUUAAGGUUUGUGGCUUCCACUAGGAUUACCUCCGAUGAAUGGGCCGACCAAACUUUUCAAGAUUCAGAGUCUCAGAUACAAGGUAAAAUUCUUCAUUGUCUUUUCGAAUACGAAAUGUAUUUUAGCUUAUUUAUUUUCCCAAUUCGUGUUUCAGGGGAAGAAGAUAACGAAUCUUCCCAUCCCGGGGAUAGAUAUGGUUCCGAACCUAUUAAUAUUCAUCGGAAGCGUAUAAUAUACGUAUGGUACAGAUCACUUAAAUCGGCAAUACCUAUAUCUCUUUCUUUAGCUAUCUCGUUCCUCGUCUGUCAUUUAGCUAGGGAGCCAAUUACCCCAUCGGACAUAUCCAAUUGGACCCUCGAAGGAAAGAUUCCUUAUUUUUCCGCUUUUCUUGAAAUCGAAAAUAAAUUCAGUCCUCGGUCAAAUGCAUGCCCGAUCCUUGCCAGCUGUAUGUUCAGACCUAUAAAAGCCGUUUCGUCGCAGAAGUUGGAGUCAAUGGCGGCCGAUGUUGCUCGGAGGAUUCGUCUGCAGUUGCCUCCGGUGAACUUCCACGCAGUUGCUUCACGCUAUUUGAGGCAGUUAUCCCUUCCAAUUGAGGAAUUGCUCCCUUUGGCGUGCCGUAUAUGUGAGUGGUCGAAUCCUCCUGAAUUGUACCUUUCGGCUAAUGAGCUUAGAAUUCCUACACGUGGGUGUGUCGUGUCGAUAGUGAUUGUGGCGAUUAGGGUUCUUUACGGCAUUAAUGGUUACGGAAUGUGGGAAUCUAGCCUGUCUAAUAAGAAUCCCAAUUCGGAGCUUAUGCAGAUUCUAGAAGCAAAAUAUAAUGAGACGGAUGACAUGCAACAAGAAUAUUCCAGCGAUUUGCCGUCGUACCUCGAUUAUUGCAAGGAUGUAGUUUUCCCUGGAUUACGGCCAUCAUAUAAGGAUCCUGAAAAAUUAAAGUUGUUGAAGAUAGAAAACGAGUUGCUGGACGAGUUGUGGGAGUUUUAUCAGAAUAACAAGGAUAUUAAAAAACAAAUUGACAAAAAUAAGACCAGGGUCGAAGAUUAUUCGUACGGUGAUCAGGAUUCAGCGCGUGAAAAUCGAGCUUCGAAAGAUUUGGCAAUAAAGCGAAUGAAGAUGGAUAUGGAAGAUAAUAAAUUCUGUUAUAUUCCACCGAGGAGUAAUGUGAAGAGGAAAGACUAUAUACAUUAUGCUCGGAAAAGGGAAGAUGUGUAUGUAUAUGCUGUUCAUGCCGAUUAUUACGUUUUACUGCGGUCUUGUGCUAAGGUUGCCCAAGUUGAGACAAGGAUCAUGCAUAUUGCUGUUUUGGCUCUAGAGAGGAGAUUGCAAUGGAUGGAGAAACGGGCCGAUUCUUCGUUGCGUAUGAAAUUCAAUUUGAAUGAUACUUGCGGCUUUUGCAAUAGUGAAUCCGCUACGGAUGAUGAUCGUAUGGAUUUAAGCAUUUGAUUGUAUAAUCUCUCUCUCUCUCUCUCUCUGAUCCGAUUUUAAUUUCUGAAAAUAUUUCUAAAAGAAUAUUGUAGUGUCGAUAUGGACGAUCGUAACUAAAAAAUAUACUAUGUAAAUUUAUGAAAACUCGAAUCAAAUAUUACUCCA